GAGGGAGGUAAGCUCAGACAGGAGAUCAGAGCAUGAGAGAAAGAAGCAGAGAGGCAACUGAUGUCUGAGGGACUCUAGUUCAGUCCACGGUGCCCUUGCUGUAGCUGGAUUUGCCCGCUAUUGCAGUGAAGGAAGAGGGCCCGGCAAGCCGGAUAGGGAGAGAUGGAGACACGCGCUGAACGGACCUCAGCCCGGUUCUGGUGUCCAGCCCCGGCCUUUGGUGUUCAGGGGAGAGAACCACGCAGUCCCUUGUAAAGGAGAGCCUGGGACUGGGACUGCAGGCUCACGCUGAGGGGGGUAGGGGAGAAUGAAAAACACCAGCCCUCUCGGACGCCCUGGCAUCGUGCUCUUGUUGAUCGUCUGCCCACUGCUCGGGAUGCUGGGAUGCGCAGCAAGCAAGCCAGAAAACCGGAAUCUCAGCGAGACAGACCCGGACAGAUGCAUGCGGCACCACUUCGUGGAGACCAUCAGCCACCCUUAUUACAAAUGCAACUCAAAGAUGGUCCUCCUGGCCAGGUGCGAGGGGCACUGUGGCCACACGUCGCGGUCGGACCCCCUGGUCUCCUUCAGCUCCAUGCUCAAGCAGCCCUUCCGGAGCACCUGCUUCUGCUGUCGGCCCCACACCUCCAAACUGAAGGCGGUGCGCCUGCGUUGCUCGGGCGGGACACGUGUCACCGCCACAUACCGCUACAUCCUGGCCUGCGCCUGUGAGGAGUGCAGCUAACUGCGGGAGGAAGGUUCUGGAGCAACCCUUCAGCUGCACUGGCAACAGCCAUCCAGCAGGCGCCAGUUUCUGUGGAGCCUGAGCGACUGGCUGCCAGAGCCUUUUUUAUUUGUCCUCAAACGUCUGUUGAUAAAAACAAAUUUACCUUCAUAAAAGAACUGCAAAAAAAAAAGUUUUAUAGCCAAAAUCUUCAAAAACUGUUGGAUGGAAAAAAAAAACAUUAUUAGUUCCAGCGUCAAACCUGGGGCUUUUACUCAGACUUGGGUGACAAAAGGCCGAGAGGCAUAAUAGUUUUCCCACAAAUCCCAAAGAAGUGACAAUAGGACUCAAUCGAGUCGUAAUUUGUAUUUUAAUCAUUUUCAUUUUACUCAUUAAAAGGCUGUAUGCAUUUUGGGGAAACACAAAUUAAAAGUUUUAACCAUGGCAUAGGCCUUACAAUACAGAAGGCCGGAUAAACAAUGGUGGCUGUCAUUGCAGCGCUAGGGUGACAGGGUUGUGUUUUCUUCAGCUUAGUGUGGAGAAGCAGUGGUUUGCAAGACAGCGUUCUGCCACAGACAGUGAUACAGCACUGCAGACUACACAUGCUCUGAUUGGCCUCUGUGGGGAUUUUGCUUUUUUCAACACCUGCGAGACAAUUUCGGUUAUGCAUUAGGGAAAGCUGGUUUGCUUGUUAAGUGGCAGAGCUAGAAGAUGGAUCAUUUCAGCCCCAACGAGACGUUCCUGGGGUGGCUGGUGUGCACGCUGCAAAAGACUUGAGGCCAAAGGCUGCUACCUGUUCUGACUGGGGACAAACAGACCAGUAUCCAACACAGGCUAGUGCGACUGCUUUUUCCACAAGAUGGUGGCUUUGUUCCUGUUCAAGCCACGUUCUGGACACCGAAAACUAUUUUUGUAAAAAUCCCCUCAGAAAUGUCUGGAUCCGCGACUGAGGAAGAUUAUUGUAUAGAAAGUCGCAAAUAAAAUGGCAGCAGCGUUUACAAAGACUUUUUCCUCCAGUUAAAUGAUGCUGUUUUGUUGCCCAAAAUGCGAUGGGAUUUUACUGCAUUGGGAAAGUUGUUCAACACUGUCUUGAGAACAUGAACAAUUUUCUAGGUAGUGUUUUGAAAUACAUCUCCGGAAAUAAACUGCAACCAGUUAACGUGUGUAUCAUUGACAUGCAAGGUUGGAAUUCUACCUAUGACACUUUACACAGUAGCUUUGCUAGUACAGUCUCCACCCGACCUGAUUUGGUAAAAUGUCAGGUGGGAUUCCUAUUUGUUUGUAUCGUGAUAAAUCUUUGUAGACUAGGAUUCAACAUACAGUAUACCAAAAUUAUUCUAACACUUUCCCAGUAUUUCUGAAUAACAGAUGUCGUCUACUGGGACUCUGGCUUAGUAUUCUCUGGUUUCUGUUGUCCUCUUACUGUAUAUAUUGUGGCUUUUGAAAUCAAAGUAGUAAAAGUAUUUGACUGGAUGUUAUGAACUAUUAAGAACAAUGUUAAGAAUAUGAAGCGGACCACCUUAUCUUAGUUAAAAGCGACACAGUGAGAAACAUGUGUAUUGUGGUCUUAUGAGUGUGCAGAUUAGUGCAGUAAAUGCUGUCAAAUGUAUUGCACAGAUAUUGCCAUUAAAGGGAAACUCCACCUCCAAAAGUAUCUGAUUUUAUUUGAAAUGAUGGCAACUGAGAUAUUAUAGGUAUGAGGUGAAAGACUGAGAUAUUUAAUAACAAGGAAUUAUUAUGUCAAAGUAUGUGCUGAUGCCAUUUCCAUGUGUAAUGUUCCACAUGUAGGAUUACAAGCCACUAUUAAAACAUGCUGUCCCCAGCUUAAGAUAGGAGCUUUUUCAAAUUUAACAGGGGAUUGCUGUGAUGGGAGAUACUCAUUGGAAUUUGAGAAAAAGAAAGAGGAAGUUCUCAAGAUUUAUGCCCAUGCACGUACAUAAGCUGAAUGACUGCAUAGAGGAUGGAGGGAGUGUGACCUACCACAUUAAUGGAAAUCUUGACAUUUGUUCUAGAAGGACCAAAAAAUAUCUGCAGACUAAAUUAAUGUAUUAUAUAAAUAUUAUAUUUACAUGUUGUGGUGUUAUCCCUGGAGUUCCUCUUUCAUCGCAAGGCAUGAAUUAUGUGUUCAAAUGCAGGAUAAAAUGCAGUAUUUAA